AUGGAUCAUUAUCAUGAAGCUUGGCCUAUGAGUCCAACUUUAUUUAAUCUACUGAUUGAAAAACUUGUCAACCUUCCUUUCCGAAACAACACCACCUUACUGAGCUAUGCAGAUGACCUGCAAUUGAUAACCACAGGUCCACAUCAACUACUACACGCUCAACACGCUUUAGAUCUAAUAACCCAAGCCUGUACUUCCCUUGGACUAAAAAUUAACCCGUCCAAAUCGUCAGGAUUAAACAUCGGUCCAUCUAGACCCUUUCAUCUACUUACAAUCCAAGGCCAAAACAUUGACUGGGUAGAGAAAGCUAAAUGCCUAGGACACUUUUUCUCAGAAAGAAAUCAUGAAAAAGAUCAGUUGGACUACCUCAAGCAAAGAAUACAAUCCAGAAUUCUAGCAAUGAGAAAAUUAACAUCCACCAGAAUAGGAGCAGGAUACAAAAUUCUACGCACUUUCUAUACUCAAGCCAUCAGAUCAAUAAUAGAUUUCUCCGCUCUCUCACUUUUAACCCUGUCAUCUGAUCUCCUAAUAAAACUUGAAAAAAUACAAAACGAAGCUAUGAGGAUAAUUCUAGGUGCUCCUCGCUGGACAAGGCUUGAAAACCUUAGAAUUGAGACUAAUCUUUGUUCCCUCAGACUCCGAACACUUCAAAUCACCUCAUCCUACAUGGCCAAAAGUCUCUCCUCCACCAAGCCUCUCCCCUUCAAACAAAGGAUCCAAACCUUAUUAACCAGACCGAUUGACACAAUUCUCAGUACAGGGUGGCAUUUUCAAGUGGUCUUAGCAAUUAAGGCGUCUGGUAUAAGCCAUCAACUAGUACACAGGACUCCAACACAAAGACAUCCACUUUUCAAAGCAGAGCCUCCAUGGAAUCCAUUAAUCCUGCGAACAAAUAUACUGAGACUUCCUAAGAAGAAAGUUAACUGCAGCCAGGAAAUAUUAAACAAGAUUGCAAUCCAAGUUAACAGUAAAGCAGCGAAAGACCAAUUAGCUAUUUUUACAGAUGGUUCUGUUAAUCAGAUAUCAGGUCACUCUGGAGCAUCAAUUCACUGCACUUUUCAAACAUCUAGUUGGAGACUUUCGGAUUAUUGUUCAACUCUCCAGACUGAACUAUUUGCAAUAGACAAAGCUCUCACCCUAGCAAUCUCCACCAAUCACAAAGAGAUAAAUAUUUAUACGGACUCUCUCUCAGCAAUUCAAGCCCUCUACAAGUCUCCUGAUGAAAAUAUAAUGCUCAUGACCACUCUCCUCUAUAAGAUCCAAGUUCUUCAUAAGAAAGGAUCACAAGUAAUUUUAAAUUGGAUACCUAGUCACAUUGGAAUAAUAGGGAAUGAAAUUGCAGACAGAGCGGCCUCGGAAGCGACACUAUUCCAAUAUAUCAACUUUCACAUCCCACCCAGCUCCAGCCAAAUUAAGAAGACAAUAAGACAAAAUUUUCAGCGAGAAAUCAUCAAUCAACAUUUAGCAUGCGUCAAUAAAGGGUCUUAUUCUGCAUCAUGGUAUAAGACAGUGACUAACUAUCAACGCGUGAACAUCACCAACACCAUGCCUCGUGAACAAGUUGUCAUAAUUCACCGCCUUCGUUUAGGAUACAAAUGUAACUGGGAGAUUGCAGAGAGAGUUCUCAGAGAAUGCACCUACUGUCAACAAGAGACCACCGAACCUCUAUUACACUACCUUCUAAGCUAUGACAUCGCCCUUGCAACCUCAUCAGCACAAGAGUUCGCCAAAAGACUCUUAGAGAAUACACCUCAAGACUUAUUCAUCUUUCCACCACCAAGAUGA